AUGGCGAGUGUAACUGGACUGCGCGUUAUUGUGGCUGGUGCGGCCACGGGUGUCGGAGCCGGCACGGCCAAACUCCUCGCCGCCCGCGGAGCUAAAGUCGUCGUGGCCGACAUCAAUAUCACCGCUGCGAAAGAAGUUGGUGAAGAGAUCACCAAGUCUGGGGGCAGCGCUAUUGUCAUUGAGUUCGAUCUCUCAGACGAGGACUCUAUCAAGGCUCUGGUCGAGAGAGGCACCGAGUGGCUCGGCGGGCUUGACAGCUUGCUAAAUAUUGGUGCCGACCUCAGCCCUCAGAACUUGGGAAACGACACAUCUGUUUUGGAUAUGGACACCAAGGUCUGGCAACGAACGUUCCUAGUCAAUACUACUGGCUAUGCUUUGACAACAAAAUACUCUCUACCACAUCUCAAAAAGGCAGGGGGUGGCACGAUCAUUAAUAUAUCCAGUAGCCAAUACGAGUGGCAUAUGCAGCUUCGAAAGCAGCUGUGCAUGCCUUGA